GCCGCGCUCACGCUGGCCGGCCGGAGGUGCGCCUGCCGGCAGAGCCAGUCCGGCAGACCGCGGCCUCCAGAGGGAGCGCGCUGGGGCUUCCUCCAUGUUUGUUUUCUUCCUCAGGGGAGUUGUGCGGCCGAGGCUUCCAGCUGGUGGUGCAGGAGCUGGGGUGAAGUAGUGGCGUGAGGGCCCCACGCCUUAACAUAAAAAGGAAAGAGGUUGGAUCGAUGGUGGUGUGCGCUUCUGGCUGUUCCCUAUGGCAGCCACGGACCCCCAGGUCCUGGCCUUGGCUGCUCAGAUCACUGAGAGUAGAGAACAGGACAUCCCCCUGCUGCUGCUGAAGUUAAAGGGAAUUUUAAGCAGUCCUUCCUUAGGAUGUGAAGAAUCAAAUAAAAUUAAGCAAGAUAUAUAUGAUUAUGGUCUCACUCAGUACUGCUUGCUGGUCCUUAAGCAAGACCACUCUCAGCUGCAUGGAGCCUGGGCUACUGCUGCCCAGCUAGCAGAGAUACUAAGUCAUUGUUGUGUAGGGCUAGAGGUGAAAGAAGAUCCUGAGGAAUUUUGCAGGAAGUUUCUUCCUUCAGUUAUAGACAGCCUGCUGGUUUUGGGAAAACGCUUGCAAGCACGAUUUAUCCGAGCAAUCAAGGAUAAAGAAAAACAAGACUUUUUACACUGGUUCCAAAUAGUAACUGAUGCCAUCUGCUGGCUGUUCGGUGGGCAUAUUCAACUAGCAGCAUGUGCACUACAAAAUGAUCGCUUCCUGCAGUUGUUAAUAACAGAUGAUGUUGAAACAGCAAUUAUAAUGAUGUCUGUGUUACACAAUAUUUUGAGGAUCAAUAGUUCUGUCUUGCUUCAAGUUGAAGAAGAGACCCUUCACUCUGUUUUGGAUGAACUUGUUUAUAAGCUGUCCUCUACCACCAAUCCUGCUGUAGGAAGUGCUGCCACAAAACUGCUGUUGUUAGUGGCAAAAUCUUGCAAACAGCUUGUGCAGUUAUUCACAGCUCGCUACAAAGGAUUAAAAGGGCUUUUAAGUAAACAGUGGACUGGCAAAGGAUUUGACAGGAAGGUCAAUCAACUCUUGGACCUGCUGUAUUUGGAACAAUCCAGUGGAAAAGGGGAAAUACAGAAGCAGCAUGAAGCAGCUUGUAUAAUCCAGGCAGCGUGGCGGGGAUUUCAGACAAGGAAAAGGCUGAAAAAGCUACCCCAAGCAGUGGUCACUUUACAGAGAAGCUUCAGAGCUAAACGGGAACAGGAGCUGCAGCGUUUAACAAAACAGAAUGAAGAUGAAGCUCUGAAACUGCAAAUGCAACUUCAGAGACAGAGGGCCAUGAGACUCUUCCAUGAACGACAGCUGACCUUACUGGAAGUUGUCCAUGCCGGUCAGGUGAAUAAAUACAUGCAGGAAAUGGAGGAGAAAUCAGCAUUAACUAUACAGAGAUUCUGGCGAGGGUAUAGAGCAAGAAGAAUUUUUCAUCAGCAGAAACAAUCUCUUAAGGAGUAUAAGGCAGCUGUUAUUAUUCAAAGAGCAGCUUGUAAUUUCCUGGAGAAACGAAGAAGGAGGAGACCUCUCGCUCCUUGGAAAGAACCCAGGGGACUGACUGAUGAGCAGAGACUAGCUUUGCAGCAGAAGGUGGAUGACUACAUCAAAUUGCAUCCGGCUUCCCAAAUGUCAGAAGAAAUGAGUAAAGAAUUGCAUAUGCAGGCUCAGGCAAAGCUGGCACAGUUCCUGCUGAGGAACAGGCUGGAUCAGAGGGCAGCGCAGCGGAGAGAGGCUUUGCUGGCUCAGGUCAACACCGAUGUGGAACUGCUAAUGAAUGCUCCAGGUUUAUCAGAAACUACAGAAAAAGAUUUUGGUGCCUUUAUGAGUCGAUCAAUCCCUGUAGCUACCAAGGCAAGACAAGCCCACAACACUAUGCUAAAAUACACUCGUUGGCCAUGGUGGAAGAAGCUUGGAGAUGAGUUUAUGGAGGACGAUGUCAUUCCUGACGAUGCUAUAAACACAGAACUGGAAACUCUCUUUAUUGGAGGAAGGAAAUCCUUUUAGAACUGUGAUUUGGAAUGCACUGAAUUGGCUCACAAUUCCUUUCUUGGAUGGUUAACUGAUGGAACAAUCCAUUAAGUAUUUUCUAGGGCACUUGCAGAUGUCUGUUGAGCUACAUAUUAUUCUGCACAGCUCUGCUGUGUUAGUCUUGAGCCAUGCCCAUAACAAGACAGGUGCCCUACAACUACAAAAGCAGAGGGUCUGGAUGCAGUCACCAAGUGCUCCAGGGGAUGGAAGAUAGCCCCCAGCAGCCAACUCUGGCACUGGAAAUGGGCCAGCAUCUCUGGAUGAACUGCAGCAAGCCAACUUUUCCCUUCUAAAUACCUGAGUCCUCUGUGCAGAUCAUCAUCCCCUCGGCCAUGCAGCUUCUGGCCCAAACUAUUUUGAUACAGAAACCUCUGCUCUUACAUUUAUUCCUAAUCAUCCUUAUUGUAACAGUUCUUUAGUGCAGGGAGAUGGUCACAAAAGGGCUUUGCAGAAUGUAUCUCACAUAAAGAGCUGAGCCCCCAUGGUCAGUGUUAAAUACCAAGUGAAUUAGAGAGCUAUCUUCCCAAAAUGUCAUUUAUUGUAAUGGCCUCUGUCACUUGCUGCCAGUGGAAUGCAUAACAAACUCUCCCUUUGGAAUAUGCAAUUUGCUAAAUCAUGGGGGUUUUCAAGUCAACAGAGAACCUAGUGGAAGAUGCUGUUUUGUGAGGAAUUCAAGUUGUUGGUCCAGCAGCACAAAUUCCUCUGCCCCAACACAGCCCUGAUAAAACUGUUUUUUUUUUAUUUUGUGCUUGUCACCAGGAGAUCGUGGUCACAUCCAUUUUACAGACCAGGGAAACUGAGGCAAGAGAGCCAUGAGGGAACAUGCCUAUGGCUGUGUAUAGCUGUAUCACCUGUCACUUGUUCCUCUUACUGUCCCAAGCAGAGCAAGCCAGAAUGGGGCCACUUGCUGGAAUGGAGCUGGGAGAUGUUCCUGGAUGCCAGUUACUGUUCAGGGUCAUUUCAGAGCCUGGGCUCAGUAGAAGAGAUUCCCAACCUCCUCUGAUGCCCUGCUUGGCUCACAGUGGGAGGGAUUUGUCGUAGUUUGAUUCCUCCUCUUUUCAAGUUUUCCUGCACCACUGCAGGACAUGUUGCUGGCAUUUUAUUUCAUUGCAACUCCUUCUGGAAUAAAAUACUCUUGCCUUAAUAAUGAGAGCAGAUAUAGACAGCUGAACAAAAGCCACCUCCAGCUUGCUACCAAGUGAACAGUCCUGUCUGGUUUAAACCAGACCCAAAAAUUACCCAAAAAAAGACUGUAGGAGAGGCCAUGAGCUGUGAUGGUGCAGUCCUACUCCUGCUUUACUGUUUGCCACAGACCACAGGCAUGCCCAGAAAGCCAGAAGAUGUUACUUGGGCAUAAACCUAUGGCAUGGUUGUUCAGCCAGAUAGGAAAAAGGGGUAGAGUUUAGCCAUACCCAGCAGGUCUGGACUGUGCCCCUUUGGCUAGCAAGCAGGCUUGACUUGGCAGGCUGAAGACAGACCCUGCUCACCCAGAGGAAUUCUAGGGAUGCUCUCCACACUGGUGGGGUGACAUUCCUGGGGGUUACAUGUGACAAGGCAAGGGCGGAGGUGCAGCCCAACCUGUGAAGGCAGUGGCGCUCAGGUCAUUAAAUAUUGAUGCUGUCUAAGCUGGCCUGUGGGGGUGAUUGAGCUGAAUUGCAGGUUUCUGUUGCUGUGAUAAAUUGGACCAAUUUGUCAUGUGGUUUUGUUUCUUCCCUCCCUUAAGUAAAGCUAUACCAGAGCAUUAUUGCUAUGGCUUCAGCAGCAGCAAACAAUCUGGAAAACAAAAUCCUCUAGUGGAUAUGGAUAAAAUGGGAACAAUGGCAACUGUUCUGCCAGAGGCGCCACCAAAGUCAUAGAGCUGGAAGAAGGCAGCAAAAAGAACAAAACAAAUAAAAUAUUACUUAGCCCUUUCA